ACCGGGAUACCGGGAUAACGGCACCGGGAUACCGGGAACAGCGCGGUAACGGCAGCGGGAGCACAACGGCACCGGGAGCACCGGAACAUCCGGGAUACCGGGACCGCCGCCAUGAUGCGGUUCAUGCUGCUGUUCAGCCGGCAGGGGAAGCUCCGCCUGCAGAAGUGGUUCCUGGCCACGGCCGACAGGGACAAGAAGAAGCUGGUGCGGGAGCUGAUGCAGGUGGUGCUGGCGCGCAAGCCCAAGAUGUGCAGCUUCCUGGAGUGGAGGGACCUCAAGGUGGUUUACAAGAGGUACGCCAGCCUCUACUUCUGCUGCGCCAUCGAGGGGCAGGACAAUGAACUCAUCACGCUGGAGCUCAUCCACCGCUACGUGGAGCUGCUCGACAAGUACUUCGGCAGCGUGAGUGGGCUGGACAUCAUCUUCAACUUCGAGAAGGCGUACUUCAUCCUGGACGAGUUCGUGAUGGGCGGCGAGAUCCAGGACACCUCCAAGAAGAGCGUCCUCAAGGCCAUCGAGCAGGCGGAUCUGCUGCAGGAGGAGGAUGAGUCCCCCCGCAGCGUGCUGGAAGAGAUGGGGCUGGCAUAGCCCACCCGUAUGGGGUGUGGGGGGACACCCCCAUAUUAAUGCCCCUCCCCCCCCCCCAUUCAUCCACAUGGGACCAACCCUGGACACAACAACAGGGAGGGGGAGGCACCCCAAAAGGCCCCCCACAAGCUGUAAAUAUAUAUAUAUAUGGGGGGGCAUCCCCUUAUUGGGGGGGGGCAGCGCUUCAGGGUCCCUGU